AUGUAUAUAAGCAAGGACAGCUAUUUUGAUCUCCAUCAGCAUUGCCUUCAUCUGGAAAUUUGGGAACAGUUCACAGUAAACCUCCUAGCAGUUUUGCAAACUGAAGUACCUGCAGAAACCAUAGCUAUUCACCAAAAUACACAGACUGGGUGCAUGGUAUCAUGGAAAUUAUUUGGUAAAACAAAAACAACACAGACACAUACCAGGUUUAUGUGUAUUCUAUUUGAAGUAACAUCUACAGGUGCAGCUUUGAUUUCGAACAGAAUUCCAAAUGAUUUGCUGUUGUACCCACAAGAUUAUAGAAAAUGUGAAUUAAAGUAA